GUGGUGGAAGAGGAGGUUGCCUUUCCCGCGAUAACCUCUUUAUUUCCACCCCCCCAACCAGAGCCUCAAUCUCCUCCUCCAAACUCCGGAGAGGUCGGAUGAAUUACGAACGGUAUAAAGUUGCGAGCGGACAGGCCUGGUCCGAGAAGGUGCCGAACGGCGGUUUCUUCUACACCCCCAGCUCCUCCCAGAUGUUGUUUUGUUCGGGGGUCCUACCCCCCCACCAACAACAACCACAACCGCCGCCACUUCCUCCUCGUGCACGGUCCAGGCUCCAAGCCGCUCGCGCUCCGCCAGCGCCAGCGGCUCCGAGUCCGCGAGACACGCAGCGGACGCCAACGGGCAAAGCUCCCAGAGUGCACCGCGCGCCGCCGCUGCUGCCACCACCGUCUCCCUCCCUCAGGGCCGGGCUCCGCUUCCAGGUCAAGCAGCCAAUGGGGGGGAGGAGGCGGCGGUCACGGCCGUUUACUUCGAUGUGGAAUGCAAGUAGAUUGAAGAAACAUCUCAAAAUUGUAUUUCCUGAGCAAACAGAUUCUGCAAGACUUCAGGGCAACCCUGCAGAGCAACACACUCUACAACAUUCUAUGCUUUAUUCUUCUGCCUUCAAUUUAUUGACCAACGUGCUUUUUUUUCAUGAAGCAGCGAUCUUGGAUUUUUGUUUUCUUUCUGAAACUGUUACACUACUGGAUUACAGCCAGGGCCAAAGAGGAGUGAUACGCAGGAAACAUUUUUGGAUUUCACAGAGCUGAGACAGAGGGAUGGAGAAAUGGACGGAACAGAGGGACAUAAACACAUGGGCAGAGAGGAUGAUUUUAACUGAACUACCAAGUUGAAAGCUGGUCAGUU